AUGCUCUUCUUACAACUAACAACAUAUGCAACAGCAGCUUCUGUUAUACCGUCAAAUUCAGCUUUAGCAGAUCAGGAAAUACUCUAUGCUUCUGAUAGCAAUAAGCUAAAUAUUGAACGCGCUAAGAAGUGGUACAGUUGGAAUGACAUUGAUGUGUCAAAAAAAUGGUACGAUUGGCAAGAAAUGCCUCAGGCAGACAAACGGACUCUAAUCAAAAGAAGAUCUGCAAGCAAACUACUUGAUGUUUUGGAUACUUAUCCACAACGCUACGAGUGGAAUCGGCUCUGA